CCAAACCCAUUCAACUACUACCUGUCACAGCUUUGAGAGCAGGGUUUGGUCCUUGCGGAGGUCAUGAAGCAGCGAAGCUACGGCAAUGCCAAGUUUACAGCUUUGGCACAGGACGGGAUCGACGAGGACUAUUUCUCAGACAACUACAGCGGCGACGAAAGUGUGUGGAGAAGUCCCUGGUGCUGGGGCGGAAUUUGCCUUUGCUGCUUAUGUUUCACAAUGCUGCCGCUUUUUGUGGCCUCGUUCUUUUUGAACUCCUGGGCGACCGAUGCCAUGGAGGCCGCGGGCUUGCAGACCUUUGGGGUGCCCACCACGGUGGACUCCGUGGAGAUCUCCCCACUGAGCGCACGCUGGAGCCUGGCGAACCUCCGGGUGGCCAGUCCACCGGGCUUUGGCGACAUGGCGGAGGGCCACGUAUGGACCUGUGAGUUCCCAUACCUGAUCAUAGAUAAUGGCAUCUUCGAUUUAAGCUUCCGUUCGAUGUUUUUCAAUCCGUUGUACUUGGAAGAGCUUACGCUGCGGGACGUGCGGCUGAAUUGGGAUCAACGCGUUGAUGGCACCUCCAACGGCAAGACUAUCAUGGAGCACAUCAGCGCAGCCUCCAAGUCCGCGGCCAACAAGCAGUUCAACGAUUACCUGAUGACCAAGCAGGUCAUCGUGGACAAGAUUACGUUCUUCAAUAUUGUAACGCGCCUCUGUUUGCAUCCCUCCUGUGAAAUGUCACCACCUCCAUACUUCGUCAUCAAGAAGGUCGAGGUGAAUGAUGUUGGAAAGAAGACAGGUGGAGUCUACAUCCCGGACCUUUUGCAUGUGAUCGUACAAGCUGUGGUUGUUGCAGCUAUCAAGGCUGCCCCAAACCAACUGGGGAACCCUGUGGCUGACAGCUUGGGCGCCGGCUUGCUGCAGGCUCUUGAUUAUGCUCAAAUCCACUAUGACUUGGGAGGUGGACUUCAGGCUGCAAGUGCCCAAAUUGGCACCCAGAUGGGUAGAUUGAGUCGAGGCACAGCGGCGCUGGGCCAAGGCGUGGCCAACACAGUGGAGAGUUCUGAGCCUCAGCUUAUCAAGGCUUUGGACCAAGUACUGGGAUUGGACCACCCAACAGAUGCCACCAAGAAAGAAGUGCAGAAGUUUGUGAAUCAAAACGCCAAAGCGGCUGCUGGAAACUUUGCCUCUGUUGUGGGCAACUUCUCCAAAGUCCUCAGCCGAGGUGAGAGGGACGUGGGGAGCAAUGUAAGCACCGUCCUUGCAGCCAUGGGCGAGGCCUUAGAGAAUGAGAAGCCGGAACAGCCUGCACCAGGAGCAGCCCCUGGAACUGCUGCAGGGACAGACUUAAAUGAUGCUGCUAGCUCAGCCAUGAAGGACGUCUCCACAAUGAUCAGAAGUGGGGAGAAGGCCGUCAGUAAGAUGCUAAAAAAGCAGGAGAGCUCCCAGUCGAGCUUCAACCCUGUGAGCACCUUUGCGCAUGCGUUCGAGCAAGGACAAUCUGAAAAACCCAAGUCUCCGCUGGAUGUUUUUGCGGGCAUGCUGCGGGGUGCACAGACCCCGGCACCAAGCACCGCGAGCUAGUGAUGCGUGCAUCGGUUUUGCCGUCUGCCAGCAAGGGCUGGUGCAGGGGGUGCAGGGGAUCGUUGAUCCGGAGUCACUCUGCAACGAAGUGCGGUGGUUGGCAUCGCUUCGCAGCCGAAGUGUGACAAGCGGGAUCAAUGCAAGCUUUGCUCCAUUGAAUUGAAUUUCACACCCUUAAUAGGGUGAUUGCUCGAUUUACUCUGAGAGGUGUACAUGUCGUGUACAGAUGGCAUUCUCAGAAACCAGGCAGAUGCCAGGAUUUGGGACCCAGCAAAGGCUGAUAAUCAAGAGCUUGGCGACGAUGUUGUUGUUUUUUCCCCACCUGCCAGGUGAGGGUUGUUAGAUUUUAUCACAGUUGUUCUUCCUCCGCCUCCGCCUCCGCCGCCUCCUCGUCCUCCUCCUUCCUCCUUUCUCCUUGCUUCCUUCCUCGCCAAUCUUCAUCGCCAAUCUGCUUCGCCGAUCUUGUCUGGCCAGCUCCAGAUCGCAGUGUGCACCCCUGGACCUCAACCGCAAGGAUCCCCUCGCAGUGUGCACCCCUGGACCUCAACCGCAAGGAUCCGAUCGCAGUGUGCAUCCCUGGACCUCAACCGCAAGGAUCCGAUCGCAGUGUGCACGCCUGGACCUCAACCGCAAGGAUCCGAUCGCAGUGUGCACCGCUGGACCUCAACCGCAAGGAUCCGAUCGCAGUGUGCACCGCUGGACCUCAACCAGAUAGUUUGCCAGAUAAAACCCACAAACACACAAUCACAAACACACGACCACAAACGCGCAACCACAAAC